AUGACAACAGAAUAUAGUUUUGAUAUCAACAUAUCUAUAAACUCAGAUGAGGAAAUGAGGCAGAUAAAAAUAUAUCCCUUUUAAACUAACUUCUAACAUUACAAUAAGGGUAUUACUUAAAUAGAUGCAUAAGAUGAAAGAGUUAAUUAGCCAGCACCAUCUCCAGAAUAUAAAUUCAUGGGAGUUGGGUAUAGUAAUGAUGAAACAUCUAAAUCUCAAUCAGUAUAACCAAAUUUGGAUAAAUGCAGAUUACAAACUAUUUCUUAAUGUACAAUUAAUGUUAGCAAAAGUGUUGACAUAUAUUUAGAUAAUAAAAGAAACAAAGAUAACAAUAAUGAUGAAAUUUUUAGUAUGAAAUUAAUUAAAAUGAACAUGCUUAAAAACAAAAAUGCUGUUUAAAAUAAUAAAAGACAUUAGACAAAAUUUAGAAAUUAUAAAAAUGCAAAAGCGAGUAUAAGUAUAAGAAAUCUAUCUCCUUAAGGUAUACUAAAGAUAAGUUCUUAUGAAUGGCCCUUAAAUAAAAAUACAUAUAACUUAUAGUAUCAUCCAAUAUCGAAUAAGAAAGUAUCAUUUGAAUUUACUUAAGAAUAAAUAAAAAAUAUGAAAAGAAUUAAUAUAACUAAUGUUCUUAUUAAAUAAAAAACUAGAUAUGUUUUGAAUUGA